UUUGUGUGACCAUCUUUAAAUUAUUCCGAAAAAUUAAAGUAAAAUAUAAACUUCCUGGUUUUUCGUAGAGCUUUUUUGUUUGUUUUAUUCUGAAAAUAAUGUCACAGAUAUAAAAAAAGUGUCGAAUAAUGACGCAACAGGAGAUUGGAAAGAGAUAGUUUUAUCAAUACAAGAGAUUAACUCACACUAGUUCAACGUUUCAGCUUUACUUACAGCAGGAGUAAGACAUUACACAUUUAAACGACAAGUUAAAUCAACUCUCUCGUCACGAAUUCCAGUCUUAAUUAAUAUUAUUAAUUAUUAUAUAUCCGGAGCAAUCGAGUUACUGAUGCUAUUUUUAUUUAUCGUCUUUAUAUCUCGGAUAUCUUCGCACAACCUUCGAGAACCGUGAGAAUUCACCAGAGAACGCGGGCAGCCAGCGCUUUGGGAGAAAGUCCGUUUGUAUCGGUCGAUAGGCGACUAAAGCAGGAUGAAGUGGCUACGUGCGAAGCACGAUCGAUGGGCGCGAAGGCUCGAGAUAUUUCAGCGGCGAGUUCCGGCGCGCGAUAAAAGUAUCUAUCACGAAGACACAUCGGCGAACUCGAGAUGAGAGAAAGAGAGAAAGACAGAAAAAGAGAGAGCUAAGAAGAACAAGAGAGAGAGAAAGAGAGAGGCAUGGCUGACGCGGCGACGACGGAGAGUGGCCACCCUUUGAAAUUCACAAGCGCACGUAGAGCACGUACUCUCUCAGACGGGAGUCCCGCACUCCUCUUCCUCGCGUUUGGACGGACGUGUGGAGAUCCGAUCGAUCGAUCGAAGCGAGCCGCGCACUCGAGUUUUCCCUGACCUAAGAAUACACCGGCUCGAAAGUGCCGCGGAGGAAACCCCCGGAAUGGAGUGGACUCCAGAAUGCACCAGAGUGGGGAUCGAGAGAGAAAGAAUGUAAACGAGCCGAAUGAUGUUCAAUUGACGAAGACUGCGCAGAGCUAGGAAUGGCCCCCUUCAGUUCUGUCUUCCUGGGUGUCUGGGGAGUGUUUGUUGCCAUUUUGUUACAAGAAUCGACACCUGUUAGCUGGGAGGAAUGGUGGACAUACGAUGGUAUUUCUGGUCCUGCCUUCUGGGGUCUCAUCAAUCCGGAAUGGUGGCUCUGUAACAAAGGUCGAAGACAAUCACCGGUCAAUCUCGAGCCUACUCGACUGCUAUUCGACCCGAAUUUACAGCCUCUUCACCUGGACAAGCACAGAAUCAACGGUGUUCUAGCGAACACUGGACACAGCGUCGUGUUUGCCGUGGAGAACGACACGCGUCACCCCGUCAACAUCUCUGGCGGCCCGCUCAGUUAUCGUUAUCAAUUUCACGAGAUUCAUCUGCACUUUGGCGUGGACGAUCGCACUGGCAGCGAGCACACUGUCGACGGACACGCGUUUCCCGCCGAGCUCCAGAUAUUCGGUUUCAACUCGCAGCUCUACAACAACUUCUCAGACGCUCUGCACAGGGCGCAGGGGAUCGUGGCGGUAUCGCUUCUUCUGCAGGUGGGCGACCUCUCGAACCCGGAGCUGAGAACGUUCACGCAGCAGCUGGAUAAAAUCAAAUACGGAGGGCAGGCCAUAGAAAUUAAACGUUUCGGGGUACGCGAACUUCUGCCGGACACGAAGCAUUACAUGACGUACGACGGCUCCACCACGAUGCCGGCGUGUCACGAGACCACCACAUGGAUCAUCCUCAACAAGCCCAUAUACAUCACCAAGCAGCAGCUGCAUGCCUUGAGGCAAUUGAUGCAAGGUGACGAGAAGCAGCCAAACGCGCCGCUUGCAAAUAACUUUAGACCACCGCAGCCGCUUCAUCAUCGUCCCGUUCGGACGAACAUUGAUUUCAAUGUUCAGGGUCCGAAGAAUUGCCCGACGAUGAACAGGGACAUAUAUUACAAAGGUAUAAAAAGCAAAAUCGAUCGCGGUUUUAGAUCGAUAGACCAGGCUUAAUGCACAUCCCACUUGUCACGAAAAGAUGACGUCGUCAGACGUGGAUUUGUAAAAGCGCGUUGCUUUAUUUCCAGAUAUCGGAUCACUUUCUUUGAAUUAUUAUUUUUAUCUUCUUGUCUAGGAGCUGUCAGAAUUUAUAGAAGCUAUAGCGGUCUUUGUCCUUGCCCUGAAUGCAUUAAACCGUCUCGUUAUCUGCCUUUUCAGCCAAUAGCUGGAAAUAAUACCCAGCACUGCCGUGAGGUCGACGUUCGCAGUAACUACGCUUUUCCCCGGAACGAGCUGGAACUUUGCUGUAAGGAAAAAAAAAUUGACAUAUCAAUUACAGGCGGGUGACGCCGGGUCACAAAAAAAUUGCGGCAGAUAGAAUGACGACCGAUGGCGUCCACAUUGGCGUUGCGGUCACGAUUAUAAGAAAAAAUGCUUCGUUGUACUUAUUAGACGUGAAUUGCCAAGUAUGUUUCCAGUUAAACCAGAAGAAAAAAAAUCAGAUAUACCUAUAGAUCACACAACUUAGACGAGAUAAGCUAAUCGUAAGGUCUAUUAUUAUACAUAUAUCGGUAAGCUAUCGAAAAAAAGCUAUGACUAUCGUGGCCUGCGCGAGGGGUUUGAGAAAUGCAAUUAUAUGUAUAAAAAUUCACGCGCGACGGAGCGCGCUACCGAGCGAAAGUUUAUACUAUAUUCUUGUAAUAAAAGCUUGAUAAAAC